AUGGACAUAGAUCUGAUGUUAGACCGGUCUAGUUUCUUAUGUUCGUUAUCUACCAAAGAACUCAUCGAAGACGACGAAGAAUUUCUUAGAAAACAAGAACUCUAUCACUUCUUGACAGAAUCAAGAGUCGAUGAACUUGAUGCUAUCACGCUAAUGAAAAUACUCAUUCGACUUGCCAUUGAAGAAACUUCCUCCGUUGAAUAUUUUCCACAUUACGCUUUGUCAAUAUGGCUGACCUUUGAUGUAGUAGUUCCUUUGAGGCAAGAAUCAAACCUCGAUGAAUUUCAAAUCGAGCUCGAUGAGUAUGAGAGGAGUGUCCGGUUUAGGCCCGCAAGUUCGCGUUACCAUGCGAAGAUGAUGGUUUGUGUUUAUGUACUGAUAAUGUUAGCUAAAGGUUAG